GCGGCCCGGGCCUGGGCUCUGUUGGGCCGUCUCAUGCCGGCUCCUGCGGGCAGAGGAAUGGAAUGCAAAAGGGGAAGGCUCGUUCUCAGAGCUUGGGGGAGUGGUGGUCGCACAGGCGGCUUUAUCCUUAAAAAGCUUCAUCUGCCUUUGUAGCAGUACAAGCAUAACAAUAAAAACGUGGAAAAAUUGAGUCGUGAAAAGGUCAAGAGGCGACAGUCAAGAUCAGAAGGGGAAAGAGUACAAAAACACAGCUUUACAUAAAGUCCGUGAUAACUGUGAUCACUUGCCUUCUGGUUGUCUUUUGCAAUAAAACUGCUUUGUAGUGUGUGCCAUCUUCUGUUAAAUACACACGAACAAAAAGUGCUGAAGGAGUGCAAUAAACCAAACCUGAGCAGCCACAUUCUUUGAGAAGGGUAGAAGACAGUUUGAACCAUGGCAAGCCAGGCGUUUUCCCCAGAGGCUGCUUUCCCUCAUGGGAGGCGGAGGGAGAAAUGGGACCCCAGGCUUCUUUCAAGGGCAAGGACUUAAUGGCGAAAAAGAGAGAAUGUCUCCAGGCCUACAGUUGGUGGAGAACACCACAGAAGAAACGGAAGAAAAAGAACAAAAUAAAACCAGGAAGAAUAGAGUUUGUCCCUAGUAGUACUAAUUCAGUCAGACCAGAUUAUUCAAUAUUUGUUGGGGAGCUUACUCCAGAAGUGGAUGAUUUCCAGCUAUUUGAUUAUUUCCUAAAGAGGUACCCCUCAUGCAUUGACUGCAAAAUAGCAACAGAUCUGCUGGGAUAUUCCAGAGGGUAUGCCUAUGUCAGAUUUGCUGAGCAAGGUGAUCAGAUGAGGGCACUGCAAGACUGCCAGAAUGCACCAGGUCUGGGGGGAAAACGAAUCCGGCUGAGCAUAGGAAUUUCUAAAAGACUGAAAGCAGAAUUCCAGCGGUACCAGUCAUACAACUAUAAUGAUUAUUACCAAGAUUAUCAGAACUACUACUCACAGUGGAAUUAUGAUCCUUAUGCUGACUACAACUACAGCUCCUAUGGUCCCUAUGAUAGCAUGCAAACUGUUGGAGACUGCUCUUUAGGAGAUGCUGUUAUGGCUCCAGCUGUUUUUGAGGACACUGCAGCUAUGACUGAAAUCAAUGAUGACCUAAUAACUGAAGAUCCACAGCUUUACUUUGAUGUUGAUGAAAUGAACAGACAAUUUAUGGAGACAAGUGAAGAACUCUAUGAUUCCCUCAUGAAUUGUCACUGGCAACCUCUGGAUACGGUCACUUCUGACAUCCCCCCUGCUAUUUAAGUGUCUUAUAUAGCAUGACCGUUAUGACCAAGGUGCUAAAAUUACAUUUCUUCUACAUUACUCUAGAUUCUAAGUUUUAAAGCACAAUGAUAGGUUGUUUGUUUUUUUUUUUGCUAUGCUUUUGACAGUUUCUGUAAUUUUUUUUUUCACCACUCUCGGAGCAUCUUGAAAUCCUGUAAAUAUUCUAGAAAUGUAAAGAGUUCAAUGGGGUCUAAAGAUAGACUUGCCUGUGUAAAUAAAAUUUUGUUUCUGCAAACCUGCCAGCAGGGGAUUUUACUUGCAUAUGUGAAACAUUCUCUUCUGGCUUGUGGAAUUUAGCUGGAGGGAAUAGGGGUAUUUCCACCUGUCUUUGGUAUGGGCGUGAGGACACAAGCAAAGCCUAGCACCCACCUAUUUCCAAGUUACCUAGGCAAUCUUUUACAAGCUCUUAACAUGCUUGCUUAGAUUACAUGUGUACGUGGGAGACACUCCCAGGGUUUGCUUUGGGAGCGCUUGGCUCUAGCCUUUCUCCACUCUGCGGGUGCUGUGCUACUGUUGAUCUGCUAGUUCAGUUAGAAUUGCUUUAUCGAUACAGUAUGUCAAAGACACAGAAGGACAGACUUUGAGCUGCUGUAGCUGUAAACAUUCCAAAGACCAAGGAUUAUUCCUAUUGACAAUUUUAUUUUCCUGCAAUUCUUACUGUUGCCUUCUCAACAGACACUUCAUAGUGUCAUAGAAUGGGCAGGGACACCUUCCACACCUGCCCACUUAACAGCAAAGAAACUGGUGUAACGUAAUAAAUGUUCUAAAAACUAAAAAUCGCUAGGGAAAGUAACUUUCUUGUUUUAAGAAGGAAAAAUAACCCAUUGGGAACAAAAACGUAUCCUAGUAACAACUCUUAAAACUAAGUUGUACCCUGUCUUAAACAUCUCUGGAAUUUGUUAAGUCUUUCAUGCUCCAGAUGCUUUAUAGCGAUGAGGCUAUAAAAUUUUAGUAGGAUAACAGUUUUCAGUAUUCAAGUCAAGGAAAUCAGAGGAGAUGGCAGUGAGGAAGGUUCUGCUUUAAGCUACCAACUUCUGAGUGCCUUCCUCUAAACUGCUCUCAUCUCGAAGGAUAUGAAGUAUUUUCCCAUCAUAGGGACUACUUAAGCCCAUGCUUAAGCAUGCAGAAGUAUUUACUAUUUUAUGUGCACAAUGAUAAAAUAAGUUGGGCUGGAAACAGAAAAGUACUCUUUCUAGAAAAAAGGCAGCAGAAAUGACUGUAGCUAGUAGCUGUGGAAGCUGCUAAAGCCAGUCAAGAUGCUUUGCCGCUUGUGUGUUUUGAGGGCAAUCUAAACCAUAUGAUGGCAGUUAAGGAAUAAAGUCCUCUGUCUUUAUGAAUUAGUGAAGUUAAAGUAGUGGUUGAAACCCAUAUGCUGGUCUUAAAUUUAAGACAAAUACUGUGUUGCAGAGUACUGACUGCUGCCCAGAAUCUUCCACUUUUCUCUUCAUAGUUUUAAUUUCAGCUAGGAAUAUUUUUUUUCAAACUCCCAGCGUGAAGGCUCUAAAAUGGAAAAGGCUUUAGGGGUGCUAUAGGAAGCUUGUUCAUCCUGUCUUUUGUGUAGAUGUUUAUGUAGGAAGAGAUGGCAAAAAACUUCAUCUAGGUAAGGGGAGUAGCGUCACAGUUUUAGCAGCUGUUUCCUUGCUUUGAGGAGAGCUGGUAGCAAGGUACUGGGAACACGGAUUUCUCAGGUGAGUGUUUCCCUUGUGUGAACUGGUGAGUCUUUGGAGGGUGAUGGAAGGGAGAUUAUUAGGGAGAAUGUGACGAAGUAGAAUAAAUGCAGUAAAGAGAGUCCGGGUAGGAAAGGGGGUGCUCUCAUGUGCAUGCAUGGAAUUGUUUCAGAGAACUGCAGUAGGGUGGAAACUCAAGACAGUAGAUGCAGGCUGCUUUGAUUUGUAUGAUAGUGUUAAGCUUUCAAAGCUGUACAGGAUUUGAUGUCACUUCGGUUGCAGUGCAUAGCUGUGGAGUGGGAGCUUGGUAGCACAAACUGGUCUGCUAAGCAAAGAAUUUUGUAUGUAGCAAGUACCCUUACCACGAGCAGCUCAGCAGCUUCCAGGCCUGCGUCUGGGUCAUAGCCUGCUUUCAUGUGCCUUGCAUGGCACCACCUAACACUGUACUUUAGCUGCAGUAAGUGAUUUGUGGAAACCAUUUAUUGUGUUACUAGUUAAAGACGUGACGCUAAGGAUGUGUGCUGGCUCAGGAGAAGUACUGCGGAGUAUCUGUGCUGACUUUUGGCAUCUGGGAGACCGGUCCCUCUGUGAACUUUGUAACGAGGAGCCCAUGUAGCUAUGUGUUUUAACUUAUUCUGAUACUGCAUCCCUGCAGUCCUUUAACAUCAAACAAGUCACUGCCUGCAGCCACCCUACUUAUCUAGAUUUUGCCUGUUAACAAGGUCUCUACACUCUGCGCUAGAGACUGUUUUCAGACGUGCAUGUGCCUUCUGGUUUGGGCUGUAAAAUACCCUUACAGCAAAACCACUGUUUAUGUAAUGCAGUGGCAGAGGUGAUUUGGGUCAUUACUUCCCCAAACCUGAGAAACGGGGGUGAAUUUUAUUGUAUUUAGACUGGGAGAAAAAUGAGGUGAGGAAGAGAGUGUGUUGGUUGCAGCCCAUGUGACACUGUUCCAAAAUAGCUCUCUGACCUCUUUUCCCAUCUCCUGAGCCUUACUAGCCUAUUCCUCUUUCUAGUUAGAAGUGCAUACAUCAAGGUGGUAUGUGCAGUGUGUAUCCUUUACUGUGAAGGCAUACCAAAUGCAAAAUUUUCUCUCUAUGGGUGUGCUGCCCAUGAACCCCAAAACCAGGAGAAAGGAGCGCAUCAGAACUGCCAGAAUGCAUUGUCAGAGGCUCUUUACUGAGAAAACUCAGAGCUAUUUGUAGCUAUAAACUCAAGCUACAACUGCUUGUCUGCCUGAUUAGCUAGCUUACACAAAGGCCUGAAUGCCUUGUACAGGGCCUGCCAUCCCCUCUGCAGAGAUCUAACUGCAGGAAGGGUAUUUAAAAGAAGAGGGGGGGAAAAAAAAAAAAAAAAGGCUUAGAUGCAACUUUCUCAACACCACACUAUUUCACUUCUUCCAGAUGUUUUGUCUCUUACCCAGCUGAAAUGUAAAUGUGGGUUUUCUUUAGCUUACUGAAGAUUUUUUUUUUUUUUUUUGCCAGAGUUUCUGUUAUUGGUUUUAAAAACUCUUCAUUGCACCUGGCUGCAAUAGAUAGUGCCUUUACUCAAAACCUGCUAAUUUCUUUAAGAGCAAUGGUUUUGUUUUCUAUCACAUUUCUGAACAUAAAGGCUUUAGUUAGGAUGGUUUGAGGAGCCUCAAAUCCUGUAGGAGAAAGAAAUGGGCCCAGAAGGGUAAAGAGUACUUGUAAGGGUACAAAAAGGUUAAAUGGUACUUAAGCCAUGAAUGUUUCUUUUUGCAGGGAUGCUUUUGGACCAACAGCUUCUUUCUAGCGCUACCUCAAAGUAACUUGCAGAUGUAACUCACAGGGAAGAUUGAUCAAAUGGUGAUGAUCCCUAUCAUUCUGCUGGAUAUAUAUAUUUGCCUUUUGUUUUGUCUCAUUUUUAAUAACAUUUAUUUAACUUCAGUGACUCAUGUCAAUAGACCUUGUUUGACCACAUCCACAAAUAUUUCUGAGUUAUUUCUUUAAAGGCAUGUCACUGUAUGGAAAUUGUUCUAAAUAACUAAAAUGGAAGUAAAAUAAAUAAAGCAGCACUUGAAUUUA